AAAAAGCAACAAAACGCAAAAAACAACCGAAGCAGCGCUGCUCCUCAAAGGGAAGCUAAAUUUACAGUCACCCAACGAGCGGGCUGUAGCCUCGGCUGCCACCCGGCGCCCCUCGCCCUCCACAUGGGUCGCCUCCCCGCCGCCGCCGCCGCUCCGCGGGAGACUCGGAGGUGACGCUCGCCGCGCCCGGCGCUCGGAGACUGAGUGCGGCCGCGGUAGCACCCCACCAUGCCGAGGUCCUUCCUGGUGAAGAGCAAGAAGGCGCACAGCUACCACCAGCCCCGCUCCGCCGAUGAGGACUACAGCCUGCGGCUGGAGACGGUGCUGGCCCAGAUCUGCGCAGACAGCAAGAUCCCCGAGAGCGCGGGGCUGUGCCGCACCGUCCUGCCCGACCCGGAGCCGUCGCAGGAGCGCUUUUCCCCCGAGUCCCACCUCACCGAGGCUGCCGAUGGCACCUCCGAGUCGGCGCCCAGCUGCGAGGGCAGCAUCUGCGACAGGGUGUCCGAGUUCGGAGAUUUCUGGAGACCGCCCUCGCCCUCCGUCUCGCCAGCCUCAGAGCAAUCUGUGUGUCCAUCCCUGGAUGAAGCACCUCCCUUCUCGGUGCCCUUCAAACCAUACACGUGGAGCAGCCUGGGGGGCUCCGAGCUGAGGCACCUCGUGCAAAGCUACCGGCCCUGCCCAACGCUGGAGCGAACUUCAGCCUUGAGGCUCUUCUGCGAGCGGGGCUCCGAGCCCACCCUCUAUGGUGCAGAGUGUAGCUCUUCCCUUGGACUUUAUGGUGAUUUUGGCUCCCCAGGUUCAGGGCUGUUUGAGCGUCCUCCAGCAGCAGCACCCAGACUCUAUACCGAGACACAGCCUGGGCUGCAGCAGGAGAAGGGACCUGGUGGCCUCAAAGUGGAGUCAGACCUCUUGUGCCGCCCUUUGCUCAUUAGUGCUGGCUCUUACAAGUGUGUCAAGUGCAGCAAGGUCUUCUCCACACCGCAUGGCCUUGAGGUACAUGUGCGCCGUUCACACAGCGGCACAAGGCCUUUUGCCUGUGACAUGUGUGGCAAGACCUUCGGCCACGCAGUCAGCCUGGAGCAGCACAAGGCCGUGCACUCACAGGAACGCAGCUUUGAUUGUAAGAUCUGUGGAAAGAGUUUUAAGAGAUCUUCUACUCUGUCCACCCACCUGCUUAUCCACUCGGACACCCGGCCCUAUCCGUGCCAGUACUGUGGGAAGCGGUUCCACCAGAAAUCUGAUAUGAAGAAACACACCUUCAUUCAUACAGGUGAGAAACCUCACAAGUGUCAGGUGUGUGGAAAAGCCUUUAGUCAGAGCUCCAACCUCAUCACUCACAGUCGGAAGCACACAGGAUUCAAGCCCUUUGGCUGUGAUCUGUGUGGCAAAGGCUUCCAAAGAAAGGUGGAUUUACGGAGACACCGGGAGACACAGCAUGGCCUCAAAUGAGUCCUGCAAUGCAGAAAGCACCUACAACACUAAGAGAACAGACUCCCUUGGCUUCCCCGCUGGACCUGAGCCCUGUCUGUAGAACAGACCUUGGCAUUACCUUUCUGACCAGGAGCUUGGAGAGGAAAGAAGAGGACAGGGCCGUGCAUUGGCAGCUCAACCAAAUGGCUGUGAGAGUGGAAAUUAAAGGUUGGGAUUUUUAUCUCUUGUCCUCUGUUUCUGAAAUAACACUGGAAAGGAAGCCUUUAGAUACAAAGCCUGUUGCUCCAAAGAUGGAUAAGCUACCAAAUUCCUGUAAGGUGGAAAGUAUUUCUCCCAUGGCCAAGAUAAAAACUUUUAUGUUUUCAAUAGCUUGAAUUACCUUGCACGGCUACAUGGGUAUAACAGUGUUUACAUGGUACUUACAGAGAACUGUCAGUAAAUGGCACAGGCGGUGCUUGCCUUGGUUGAGUUUCAGUGCUGAAAGGCUUCACUCUUGGUUUCCUGUCAGGAAAGCCUAGAGGAUCUGGAUUGAAGUGUGCAGUUUGACAUCUGGCUAUUUUUUAAGCUGAGGCACCAGCUUGGGCCUGCUUCUGCUCUCAAUUAUUCUGGUGUAAAUGAGGAGUUGCAUUGACAGUUAGGAGGAGACCCCUUUUACUUCCCAAAGCUGUCUCUGUGCCUAAGCAAGGCGUGGCUGUGUGUGUUUGAGGCCUGUGGGAUUAUGUCUUGUUACAUCCACUGUCGAAAAGGAAGCUUGUGAAGGACAACUGGAAAAGCCAAAGCACAGAGUUAUGCCUUAUAACUAGAAACCCACCUAAGGACUGGUACUGACUGAGAGCAGGGGCAUAGGGGAGGCACAGACUUUCAAUCCAGAACAAUUGUUGGCUUCUGCACUCAGUCUUGUUAUAAGUAACUGGAAAAUAGCUACUCAGUAGUAUCCUUUGUAUAUUUGUUUUUGUUCUCUUUUUUUAGGUUUUUAAAGGGAGACUCGCCUGAGGUGGGCAGGAAUCAGUAUAAAAGAAUAAUUGACUGAAUUUGCCUUAAAUGACCCUGCAUGUACCUCAGUUAAAAAAAAAUGCUGUUUUUACUUUGUUAACAGGUUUGUAAAUGUCCUAUUUAGAUUUUAUGGAGUGUCUUAAUGUUUAUUAGUAUGUAUUUAUUGGAACAAUGUUUUAAAUUAAUAAACUAUUGAAGAUCAUCAAGAGUGAUCUUUAUUUAGUGUGCGACUUCAACAUACUUGUGAAUGUCAGCUGUUAUAAGGAUACACCAU